AUCAAGUGGAGCAGCAGCACGAGCAGAAGCAGAGGCAGACGCAGCGACAGCGUAAGUUCAAUUCUUAUCAGUGACGUGUGUAAACGUGUAAAAGCCAGUGCUAAAAUGUCGCAUGCCGAUAACACGCCGCGUGGGCCGGCGCAGUCGAGGGGGCCGCCCGACGCUUGUAGGGGCUGCAGUGGCUUACAGCCACGCCCAGCGCUGGUGGAUGUGGAGGAUAUGGGCAAAUCGGGCGUGGAGAAACUCAUAAGCAAGACGAAGAUUGCUCAGCGAAUGUUGACGGAAAUAAUGGAGGAGCUAACAAAGCUGCAGGCGAGUCAGAGGUGUUUCUAGGGAGGGCAAACAGAAGUCAAAGUUCUUGAGAGGAUCAAGUUACGGGCGAGGUCGUUACAGGAGCAACAGCUUUAGCUUC